AUGUCGGCUACUAAGAGAAGGUCAAUACGAGUUCCAAGAACACUCCAUCGCAAACCCGGUUUAAGACACGCACCGCUCUACGGGUCUCUUGCGGGGGAGGGAAGCACCAACUUCCGGCUCAUGCGAUUACACCCCGGGAUUUUGGAUCAAGCAAUCACCUGUAGCCUGGAAGAAAUUCCUCUUAACAACGCACCGCCAUACAAAGCACUUUCAUAUGCCUGGGACAAUACUCUUGGCAGUUCAAAUUCGGGAUCAUCGCCAUCAACAAUGUGGAUAAGAUGCAACAAUGUGCCCAUACCCGUCAGUCCUAACCUAUACGCUGCCCUCCAGAGAUUGCGAAGUAAAGACAAGGUAGUAAAUCUCUGGGUGGAUGCUGUCUGUAUAAAUCAACAUGAUCCCGACGAAAGAGGCCACCAAGUGGGCAUAAUGCGGCGAAUAUACCAACAGGCUGAAGAAGUGGCGAUCUGGCUUGGGAGCAAACGGGACGAUGACGAUUUGGCAGAGGACUUCAUGCUUUCCUUAGGCCUGACAUCGCUUGACUGGACGGAUAACGAAGAGACCAAUCGAUUCUUCUGGCUAGAAUUUCUCCGCCGAUCUGAUUGCAAACGACAAUACAUAUUCGGUGGCUUUUGUGUUUUAUGGCUACUAUCGCUUGGAAUACCGGCUUCAGUUACUCCGCAUAUCAGCUCCCCUUUUGGGCAGUCUUCCUGCAUUUUGAAUGGUAUCCAGGCGAUAAUGGAUCAAGCAUGGUGGCAAAGAUCAUGGGUUCUUCAAGAGACAGUGGUGGCAGCCAAGGCUACCUGCUACUAUGCCACUUUAUCAUGUCCAUGGAACAUGAUCACGAAAGCAGCGGCGUCAUAUAUGAACGGCCAGCUUUCUACAAACAUCGACUCGGCCUACGGAUACGUAUCAUUCUUGGCACAAUUCGCACGGCAAGUAAGAGAUAUCGAGAUCAUCCGACAGGACUGGCGAAACCCAUCAAAGCUCGUUUCACUGCUUCCUCUGCUCCGACAGUUCAGGAUACGGAAUGCAACAGACCCCAGAGAUAAGGUGUAUGCACUCAUCGGCAUGGUCCAGUAUUGGGGUGGCCAACACAAGAUUGCUCCCGACUACAACCUUGACGUGACAAAUGUUUACUGGCAGGUGUCUAUCACAGUCAUCAAAAACAUGCAGUCGCUUGAGGUUCUGUGUGGCACACCAAACGCCACAAGUGACGGCGACCCACGGCUCACCCAUCCAGGGCAUCCCUCCUGGGUGAUAGACUGGUAG